AUGGCAAUGCACCAAUUAAAAGAUCGUAGUACAAUGUACAAAGCAAGAAAAAAUAGAGAAUUGAUGGAAUUACAAGACAGUCACGAAAAUAAACUUUUAACAAUGUUAACUGCUCCGCUAAGGAUUGGGGAUUGUGCUGGUGGACAUAGACUAGAAAAUAGAGGAAAAAACAGGGAUGUUAUGGUUGUACCCCCAGACCAUGCCCGUCCAUAUUUACAAACUUUGCAUGGAGAAAGCAAAGAUUAUACAUAUAUAAAUGCUGUUGAGGUUGAUGGUUUUACACGGAAAGCUGAGUUUAUUGUUACUGAAUGGCCAAAACAACAAACAUUAGACUCUUUUUGGACACUUGUUUUUGAUCACAAUGUCCACACAACAUAUCCCCCAUUUGUGCACAAUAAAGGGAAAAGAAAUUAUGGCCCUUUUACAAUUGAAAUUGUAAAUUUCCAACAAUAUCCGGGCCUUUGUUCCUAUAUGGUUAAACUUUCUAAACGGCCAAUGGAAGAAGUUGUUGAACGACGCAAAUGGUUAUUUACUAGACGUAAAAGUAGUAAAGGGGGAAGUGCCGGAGUUCGUUUAAGACGUCGGCCAACACUUUCACAUUUUUUGGCAGAAUGUGAAAAACAACGAAGAAGAGAUAGCGGACCUCCAAUUAGCGGAUUUAGUAGUCAUUUUACUCAAAAUGUUCCAGAUAAAGAAGAUUUAAUGUCGACUUCUUUGAAUGACCCAAAUUUUCGAUUACAGCAAAAAUAUUGGGGGAAAAUACACAGAAAAACCCCAACACCCACGCCAAGUCCAGAAUUUGGUAAUAGUGAUGAAGAUAAUACAAGUAGUAGAAGCGAGGAGGAAGAAGAGGAAGAAGUGAAUUCUAUAGAUGAUGAUGAAUUAGAAAAUGGACGUGAAAAUAUUGGAAAGGAAGGGGAAGAGGAAGAAGAAGAAGAAUUAAAUAAAAAUAAUAAAUCUGAUAAAAUAAAUGAAAAUAUUGUUAGGCAUAGAAGAGGAAUAUAUUUACGACAAAGGGAGAGAGAACGACCUCUUUCUGAUGGAGCUUUAUUGCCUGAACAGGAGAUUCUAAUGAAGAUAAGUGUCUCAGAUGCUCAUCGUCCUAAACGUGAUGAAAGAGGUCGUCGAUUGGGUGGAGAGUGGGAUAAAAGGUUUGAACGUUUGGGUAAGCAAUUAGUUGCUAAAUUAAAUGAAAGAGGAGAAAAUAUUCAUGAUAAAAAUGAAGAAAAAGAAGAAGGAAAAGGUGGUGGUGGGAAUGAAAGAUAUCCAAGUUUACCUUCAUGUUCAUCUAAUACACCAACAACUAAAAAAACUUUUAGUCAAAGUACUAGAAGUAGACAAAGCAGUAAAAGUAGAAAAAGCCAUAAAUAUCGAGGAAGUAAUAGAGGAAGUAGUAAACGAAGAAGAAAAAGAAGGGAAAGACGGUUUUCUGAACCAAAUCUUGGGACAUUGGAACGCUUCGAGAAAACAUUUAUGAUAAGCGAAAUAAUGGCUACAGGCGCCAGCCAACAGCAAUUAGAGGCAGAAGUCCGUCUUUGUUGUAUUAUUCAAGUAAAAAUGUGGCCAAUUGAAAAUAAAGUACCUCUUUCAACUACAGCUUUAAUUGAAGUUUUGAAAAUGACACGAUCAUGGCGGAAAAGGGCGCCAGAUAGACCAGAAUCUAGACCAACAAUUGUUAUGUCACAUAAUGGAGUUUCUCGUUGUGGAAUUUUUAUUGCUGCAAAUGUUUUGAUUGAUCAAAUGGAAAUGGAUCAUGAAGUAGAUGUAUUUCAUGCAGUUAAAUUAAUUCGUCUUAACCGUCCACAAUUAAUUGAUGGACCUAGAACACGUUUUACUGGAGAUGCAAAGGAUGAAUAUAAAUAUUUAUAUGAUUUAAUGCUACAUUGGUAUAUGACAAAUCCAGAAUUACGUUCAUUUGAACCUCCAGAAGCCGAUUCACUUGGCUCUGAUGACGGAUCAAGUGACGAAAGUAUUGGAGAAUCUCAAUCAUUGGGAACAAAUAGAAGAAGUAUUAAAAGUGGACAUACAAGAAGUAUACAAAGAAGUAAAUCUAGUAGAGCAUCGAGAAGAACAGUUACAACAGCUAAUUCAUUGGUUCAUGGAGGGACAGAAAUUGGGGGGACAACAACACAAAGAAAUAGUAAUGAAACUUCGAAUGAACAAAAGAAAAGAAUGGAACCGGUGUACUUAAAUUAA